GGCUCCUGGGGCGGUGCCCGGGGCCGGAGCGUCCUCGGGAUCAGUGCACGGCCCGGCCCGACACUUGGUCCGGGGGCAAAGGAGGCUUGGAAGUGUCAUUUUUUAAGAAUGGGGAAUAGCCCACCUACUUCCAUGCGACUGUCUAAUGAUGCUACUUUGAACCAGAUCCAGGAAACUAUUUCAGACAACUGUGUGGUGAUUUUCUCUAAAACAACGUGUUCUUAUUGCAAAAUGGCAAAGAAGCUGUUUCAGGAUAUGCAUGUAAAUUACACAGCAGUAGAAUUAGACAUGCAAAGGAAUGGAAGCCAGCUCCAAGAGGUUCUUCAACAAAUGACUGGUGGCAGGACAGUUCCAAGAGUGUUUGUCAAUGGGUCUUGUAUUGGCGGUGCUACUGAUACUCAGAGGCUUCACCAGGAAGGGAGGUUACUUCCACUAGUCCAUCAAUGUCAAAUGAGAAGAACAGAAAAUUCUGAACAGCCAUGUAGUCUACCUUAGCUUUGUUUUCAAAGGUGCCCUGUAUCUAGAAGAAAAACAUCUAAAAACCAUUUUUAGACCCCUAACUAAGAGACCAUUAGAACUGUUGAGACUCAUCAUAAUUGAAAAUCAAGCCAUUGAUCUUGGAGCUUAAAGAUGGACUUAAAUUCCAGUUUUCAGGUGUCUAGACUUGAUCAUAUUGGCCAGCUGUGUACUGGAAGAAACAGGACUUUGAAAUCAAGGUUUCCUGAGUUGUAAAUCGUCUUUGGCACACACUUUAUGGGCGUGGAUAAGUAAUCUAAUUUUCUUGCUCUAGCUUCAUCAGAUACCAUGGUAAAACCCCCAGUGUAUGUUAACUAGUGGUUGGUUUGUUUUUGUGUUUUUUAAUUGCAGAAUUUUGAAGGUGUAAAAGACUAUGUACGCUUUAAAUACGAAGUAAGCUAGAAAGUGUUACACCAGGGGUGUCAAACUCAUCUGGGCCUAGUGAUCAGGUUAGUGGCAGAGAUUGUUCACGGGUCAAGUGGGCCAAGACAGGUACCACAUGUAGGUAAUGCUCGACUGGCCAGGGCAGGUGCCAUGCACUGCCCAGUCUCAGACCAGCUGAAGUAGGAGUGGUGUGUGAUGCAGGAGUUGGUCUAGUGUGCAGUAUGUGCAGCAUGUAGGUCAACUCCAAGCCCUAGCGACAGCACUAGGGACUGGAUGAUGAGGCUCAGUGAGCUGAAUCCAGCCCACAGGCCAAAUCUUUGAUACCACAGUGCUAUACCAACUUAUGUGAAAUACAUAACCUGUUAAACUUGAACUGCACAUCCUCUGCAAAGCAUCCAUUCAUUUCUAUAGGUUCUUACAAGAUUUUGAAAGUUCCAAUAAGCUGUAGUUCAGGCUAGUUUGAUACACUCUCUAGCUAGUUUUACUGUAAUUGAAUUAGAAUAAUCUUUUUUCCAAGUGUUUUGUCUAAAAUCAAGUCAGUGAUAAAAUGGAAUUCUUCUGUAUCUUAAAUGUAUCGCAUUGGAGACAGUAAAGAGCAACAUGCUGAAAUAUUUCUGCACAUAUUAAUCCUGCCAUUGCUGUGUGACUUUCUUUUUUCCAUUAUGUCUAUAGUGUUUGUACCAUGCAGUUUUAUUCUUAUUAAAGGCAAUUUGAUCAGCUGCAAA